AUGGCAAUAAUUGGGGUUAUAGUUACAGUUAUAAUGGUCGACCUGGUCAGCCUGGUCGAGGAGGUAACGGAGGCAGCGGAGGCAGCGGAGGCAGCGGUGGUCAACCUGGUCAGCCUGGUCAGCCUGGUCAAGGUGGUAACGGAGGCAGCGGUGGUGCAUCUGGUCAUGGUGGUCAUGGUGGUAACGGAGGCAGUGGUGGUCAACCUGGUCAACCUGGUCGAGGAGGCGAAGGUGGUAACGGAGGCAGCGGUGGUCAAGAUGGUGAACCAGGUCGACCUGGUCAUGGUGGUAACGGAGGCAGCGGUGGUCAUGGUGGUCAUGGUAGUAACGGAGGCAGCGGUGGUGCAUCUGGUAAAAGUGGCAAUAGUUGGGGUUAUAGUUGGAGUUAUAAUGGUCAACCCUCGUCGUGGUGGUCAUGGUGGUAACGGAGGCAAAGGUAGUGCAUCUGGUCAACCUGGUCGAAGUGGUUAA